AUGUGGACGCAUCAUGGUCCGGUAGCUCUGUUCGUCCACUUUCUCUAUUGCCCUUAUAUACAGGUCCAAAUAGAGUAUAACCCAAUGAGGGGAAUGUGGCUGCAAAAUUGUAAUACACUGGACCCACACUCCCCUCGCCACUGUAUGCAUUACUUUUCAAUAUCACAGCCAAUGACGACAUCCAGAGAUGAGGAAUCAAAUUAUCUCCAUGGUGCAUUUGAGAGUACUGUUAGUCCGGUUAAUGUAAAGGCGUUCAAAUCAUUCAUGGGAAUCAUGCACUCUCCACCUGUCUACCCGGGAUUCGACAACUUUACGAGAACUGUCAACGAUUACCUCGAAAGAGCGCCAUUUUUCUUUGUUAACCCAUAUAGGAAAGAAGGGACCUUAAAGAUAAUAAAAGUAGAAGCCGCCUACCUCUACGACGCCGUGUGGUUGUAUGCCCGGGCAGCUGACGCCGCUCUGCGCCAGGGAGAUUCAUACAGGAACGCUUCAUUUAUAUUCAACUAUAUAGCAGACACAACUUAUAACAGCGCAAUGGGCUACAUGAAUCGGAUUGACAAGAAUGGAGAUGCAGAAGGAAACUAUACACUUGUCACAUUACAGACUUCCACGGAGGGUGACUGGGGACUCUAUCCUAUUGGACAAUUCGCACUGAACGACAAUGCCACUGGCUUACCGUUAUUCCAGUUGAGAGCAGGCAACUUUAUAGACUGGGUUGGCGACGGUCCUCCUAUUGACGAACCUGUUUGUGGAUUCCUUGGGGAACGGUGUAUACCAGAAAGAACGUUUGUGAAAGAAAUCAUAGCUGGUGUCAUAGGUGGAAUACUAUUAAUGGCAAUUAUGGCAGGCAUAUUUAUAUACAGGCAUUUGAAGUACGAACGUGAUCUUGCAAGUCUUCUUUGGUUGGUACAUUAUCACGAACUGAUUAUCAAAGAAACAUAUGGCACAGAAAAUUACAAAGCAGUCUUAACCCACGCUGCCAGUAAGAUGAGUUUGAAUCACCGUGGCAGCCAAGGGUCUUUGGUUUCUGUCGCUGACUGGGAGAAUAGGCAGGUAUUCACCAAGGUUGGGCGCUACAAAGGUAGUGUAGUCGCUAUCAAGCCAGUCAAGAAGAAAUGCAUCGACCUCACUCGGGCAAUACAAAAGGAACUGAAACUGCUACGAGACAUGCGGCAUGACAAUAUUACACAGUUCAUCGGUGCAUGUAUAGAACCAAAUAACAUUUGCGUCAUCACAGAAUACUGUUCAAAAGGAAGUUUACAGGACAUCCUUGAGAAUGAUGAUAUUAAACUAGACCAGAUGUUCAUCGCCUCAUUAGUUUUUGAUAUAAUAAGGGGAAUGAUUUAUAUCCACGAGUCUGAGAUAAAGGUACAUGGAAGAUUAAAAUCCUCAAACUGUGUGGUUGAUAGCAGAUGGGUGCUUAAGAUAACUGAUUUUGGCUUAGUUGAAUUUAAAGCAAAUUCCGAAAAUGAAUAUUCCGACCACGUACAGAAUUCACGAUUAUUAUGGACAGCACCAGAGAUUUUACGAGAACAAUCCAUCCUUGAGACAGGGACUCAAAAAGGCGAUAUCUACUCAUUUGGCAUUAUCCUUUAUGAGACACAUGGACGACGAGGUCCAUAUGGGGAUAUUGAACUUGAUCCCCAAGAAAUUAUAUCAUAUGUAACUGAUAGCACCCUUGAAAAACCAUUUCGACCAAGACUAGCUGCAUUGGGCUCUACACCAAAAUACGUUACUGACUGUAUUCAAGAAUGCUGGAGCGAGGACCCGAAUACUCGACCUGACUUUAAGAUUGUACGCCAACGAUUGAAAAUAAUGCAAAAGGGCAUGAAGGCCAAUAUUUUUGAUAAUAUGAUUGCUAUUAUGGAGAAAUAUGCCACGAACCUCGAGGCCAUUGUUGAAGAAAGGACUGCUCAACUGAGGGAGGAAAAGAAAAAGACGGAAGAACUAUUACAUCAAAUGUUACCCCAAUCGGUUGCAGAACAAUUAAAGCAAGGCAAGCACGUCGAGGCAGAGGCGUUUGAGUCGACAACCAUUUACUUCAGUGAUAUUUGUGGCUUCACCAAGCUUUCAUCUGAAAGUAGCCCGAUGCAGGUCGUCGACCUGCUCAAUGACCUUUACACUAUUUUCGAUUCGAUUAUCGAGAACUACGAUGUGUAUAAGGUUGAAACCAUCGGCGACGCCUAUAUGGUGGUAUCAGGUCUCCCAACUAAAAAUGGUAUCAACCACGCGGGGGAGAUCGCUUCUAUGUCCUUACAUCUCUUAGAGGAAAUCACCAAGUUCAAGGUCAGACACAAGCCGGAGCACACUGUCAAACUAAGGAUAGGGAUUCAUUCGGGAGCGUGUGUCGCUGGUGUGGUUGGUCUCAAGAUGCCACGUUAUUGUCUGUUUGGUGACGCUGUCAAUACUGCUUCUAGGAUGGAAUCAAACGGAGAACCACUACGGAUCCAUUGUUCACCAACUACACGAGACCUCUUGAUAAUAUUAGGCGGUUAUAGCAUCGAAGAGCGAGGAUAUGUAGCCAUGAAGGGAAAGGGUGAUGUCUUUACGUAUUGGUUAAACGCUGAGGAUCAAGAAAAUCGACGGAUGCGUCUUGGAUUAAACGCAACGUUUAACCUUUCUGGGAAAAAUUCUAUAAAAUAUACCAAAAGUGGUGAUCAUACAUUAAGUAAGAAUCUCCGAAUACCUCCAAGCGUGCAACAAUCUCACAAAUCGACAGGCUUGUCAAAUGGUGGUAUUAGAUGUCCAGGAGACGAAAAAGUUCCAAAGAGUGAUUUUGAUAAAAUUAGUGACCAGUCAAAUAUUAAAGAUUGUGGAUACGGAGGCAGGUCACACAGCAGAGACGAGAAUGAGAACAGAAAAGUGAAAUCUUUGGAUCAUAGUGGUCCAGAGUGCGUGAUAAAUAACGUUCCUGAUGCUUCUGUCGACACAGUUCGAUUUGGUGGUUUAAAUGGUGAUGAUAGUGCUAAACAAAGACGGACUAGGUUUACCAACGAAGGUACAAAUGUGUGGAAACACGACAUACGUACAAAUCCUUCCUGGGAAUCUGGUGAAACUAUAAUUCCUUUAUUAUCUGAUAUCUCCAAAGACAAUGUUAUAAUGUCACAAAAGGAAAAUGAACCAGAAACGCAAGUGUAAUAUUCAACUAAUUAACAUUUAUCUGUCAGCAAUGUUUUGGAUAAGAAUAUUCGUAAGCGGACAUUAUGUCUUUGUAAUGAAAACUGUAUGGACAGUGUCAAAAUGUAAUAAAACAGGUCAAACAAUCAAAGUGGGUCAAGCAUCAGAUUGGUGCAUCGGGAACGAAUAUAAAUAUCUAAUAAAAGCGAUGUAAUAUUUACUAUGUGAGCUGUGAUUGGUAAGCUAUUAUGAAGUCAUUUAAAGCAUAAUAUUUGGUAGGUGGUUGAUGAAACACAUUUUGAAUAUUGCUAUCAAAGACCUUCAUUUGAAUCACUUGAUCUGCCUCUCAGAAAUAUCAAUUUACAUCAGUUGAAAACUUUGAAAGUUCGUUCUCUGGCUGUUAAUGUUAUACGAAUUAUAAUGUCAUCAAGUUUAUGGUAAUAUAUUAACGGAUAUAAACUUUUUAUCGCUAUAACUUACGGAAGUACUAUCUGAAUUUGUUAACUGGCGUUAAUUAGUAUAUUAUUUAAAUAUUUUGAAAAGUAUUGUACUUCAAGUAUACCAAAUUAAAUGUAAGUAAAACUUAAAAUUAUUAUUUUGUCUAAAUAUUUCAAACAAUAAAUCGAUACAAG